ACACUGUGCGAAUGGCACUGGGCAGGAAGGGGUUAACAUGUGGGAUGAUCAAAGGGAGAGGAGCCGGUACACCUGUGCAAGACUGAAGGGGAGGAGCUGGUACACCUGUGCAAGACUGAAGGGGAGGAGCCGGUACACCUGUGCAAGACUGAAGGGGAGGAGCCGGUACACCUGUACAAGACUAAAGGGGAGGAGCCGCUACACCUGUGCAAAACUGAAGGGGAGAAGCUGGUAUACCUGUGCAAGACUGAAGGGGAGGAGCCAGAACACCUGUGCAAGAUGAGGGGAGGAUCCUGUAAACCUGUACAAGACUGAAGGGGAGGAGCUGGGACACCUGUACAAUACUAAAUGGGAGGAGCUGGGACACCUGUGCAGGACUGAAGAGGAGGAGCCGCUACACCUGUACAAGACUGAAGUGGAGGAGCUGGUAUACCUGUGCAAGAAUGAAGGGGAGGAGCCGGUACACCUGUGCAAGACUAAAUGGGAGGAGCCAGUACACCUGUGCAAGACUGAAGGGGAGGAGCCGAUACA